AUGUCGUCCUCCUCAUCCCAGAACGUGCCGGUGCAGGAGGCCAGCCGCGUCCCGGGAAAGUCCCGUUACCAGGUCUGGCGCACCACCUUCGAGAUCGACGAAUCCUAUGUUCCCAUCAAGGCGGUGGGGAAGGGCGCGUACGGCGUCGUGUGCUCCGCCAAGCACACCCCCACCGGGGAGAAGGUGGCCAUCAAGAAGAUCACCAACGCCUUCGAGAACCUGGUGGACGCCCGGCGCACCCUGCGCGAGAUGAAGCUCCUCCGCUACCUCAGGCAUGCUCGGCACGAGAAUGUGAUUGGGGUGCUGGACAUCAUGCCCCCCCCCCCCAAGGCCCCCUUCAACGACGUCUACAUCGUGUACGAGCUGAUGGACACCGACCUGCACCAGAUCAUCCGCUCCUCCCAGCCCCUCACCGACGAGCACUUCCAGUACUUCAUGUACCAGACGCUGCGGGGCCUCAAGUACGUGCACUCCGCGGGGGUGCUACACCGCGACCUGAAGCCCAGCAACCUGCUGCUGAAUGCCAGCUGCGACCUGAAGAUCGCGGACUUUGGGCUGGCAAGGACCAGCACCGAGAGCAACGCCUUCAUGACAGAGUAUGUGGUCACGCGCUGGUACCGCGCGCCCGAGCUCCUCCUCUCCUGCGAUAGCUACUCCGCGGGCAUCGAUGUCUGGUCGGUGGGCUGCAUCCUGGCCGAGCUGCUGGCGCGCAAGCCUCUCUUCCCCGGCAAGGACUACAUCGACCAGCUGAAGCUGAUCAUCAGGACCCUGGGCACCCCCAGCGAUGAGGAGCUGGGCUUCAUCACCGCGCCCAAGGCGCGCACCUACAUCCGUGGCCUGGCCGCCGUGCAGAAACCCGACUUCCGGGCCUCAUUCCCCGACGCGAGCAAGCAAGCCCUGGAUCUCAUGGAGCGCAUGCUCCAGUUUGACCCCCGGCGACGCAUCUCUGUGGACGACGCGCUCAGGCACCCCUGGCUGGCAGCCCUGCACGACGAGGCUGCCGAGCCGGUGGCCCGAGGGGCCUUCAAGUUCGAUUUCGAGGACCAGGAACUGGACGAGCCGACCCUGCGCAGCAUGGUGCUGGACGAGGUUGCGCGCUACCGACAGCGGAAACAGGCGCCCAAGGAAACCGUGGCCGUGCACGCGACGGCAUGA